AGAGACUUUGUUACGGGGUGGGGUGAGGGAGAAGGGAGGUUAACAAUCUCUCUGUGGGCUUAGCCUGGCAGGAGAGGUCAGGUCUACACUAUAAUAAAGAGAUCAAGCAUUUUCUCAGCAUGGCAGAAUGUAGGAUGUCUGUCUGCAGGGAAAGGGCCUGGGGGAAUUAUGAUGUGAAAUUAACUAAAGCCUGUUGUGAAACCCUCACAAUUACCCUUCUCACCCUCCCAGGCUGCAGAAUGAUGUCCACGUUUCAUUCCGUUUCAUCAGAUCCUCCCAUGGCACAGGGGAGAGAAAUGGCUGCAGUGGAGCCAGCUCAGGCUUUCCAGUUUCCCAACCUGAUGUGAUCUCCCAACUGGAACAAGAGGAAGAGCCAUGGGUCCCAGACCUCCAGGGUUCAGAGGAAAGAGAGAUCCUGAGAGCUCCCCGCGCAGCAGGUGAUGCAAUGGUAGGUGAGAAAGAGGAACAGAAUUCUCAGCCGGCAAAUGUUGAGCAAGUGGAUAAACACAGGAAUGUGUCCAAGAGUCAUGAGGAGGGAAAAUCCUGUGAGAUUCAGCACAGACCAGAAAGAGAGCAAGGAAACCAGCCAGGGGAGAAAGUGGGUACAUUUGUUUCCUGUCGGGGAACUCAGAAGGCCCUCAAGGAAACCACAACCCAGCAGGAAAUCCUCAUGGGAAAAAGAAAAAAUACAUGCAUUGAGUGUGGGAAAAACUUAAGUGACUACUCAGCCCUUAUAAAGCAUCAGAGAAUCCACACGGGGGAGAGGCCCUAUGAAUGCAGUGAGUGUGGAAAAAGCUUCACUCAAAGAUCAGGCCUUUUUCAGCAUCAGAAAAUCCACACAAAGGAGAAGCCCUAUGAAUGCAGUGAGUGUGGGAAAACCUUCAGUCGCAGCUCUCACCUUAUUACUCAUCACAGAAUCCACACAGGAGAGAAGCCCUACGAAUGCAGUGAGUGUGGGAAAAACUUCACUCACAAAUCAGCCCUUUCUGUUCAUCAGAGAAUCCACACAGGGGAGAGGCCCUAUGAAUGCCAUGAGUGUGGGGAAACCUUCAAUCGCAGCUCGCACCUUAUAACUCAUCAGAGGAUCCACACAGGAGAGAGGCCCUACGAAUGCAGUGAGUGUGGGGAAAGCUUCAUUCAAAGAUCAGGCCUUUUCCACCAUCAGAGAAUCCACACAGGGGAGAGGCCCUAUGAAUGCUAUGAGUGUGGAAAAUGCUUCACUAGAAGCUCAGCCCUUUCUGUUCAUCAGAGAAUCCACACAGGGGAGAGGCCCUACGAAUGCAGUGAGUGUGGGAAAACCUUCAAUUGCAGCUCGCACCUUAUUAGUCAUCAAAGCAUCCACACAGGAGAGUGGCCCUAUGAAUGCAGUGAGUGUGGGAAAAACUUCACUCACAGAUCAGCCCUUUCUCUUCAUCAGAGAAGCCACACAGGGGAGAGGCCCUAUGAAUGCAGUGAGUGUGGGAAAACCUUCAGUCGCAGCUCACACCUUAUUAGUCAUCAAACAAUCCACACAGGAGAGAGGCCCUAUGAAUGCAGUGAUUGUGGGAAAAACUUCACUCACAAAUCAACCCUUUCUGUUCAUCAGAGAAUCCACACAGGGAACAGGCCCUAUGAAAGCAGUGAGUGUGGGAAAACCUCUUGAAACUCAGCCCAUGUUAGCCAUCAGAGAAUCUGCAAGGGAGAUCAACACCAUAAAAACCUCUAGGGCUAUCAAUACUUUUUUUUUUCUUUGAUACCUUUCCUGAUUCCCACAUACUAACUUUUGAAGCUGUUUGAACUGUUUGCAGGACCGUUAUCCCUCAGCUUGUCCAGAUGAAUGGGCCAUUUUUGCCUUUUGCAGUUUGCCCUCUUUUGAGGCGGACCUAUUUGUCCUUUCUGUGAUCCCACAAGUAAUUUGAGUGUGCCCUUCCUAUGAGGAACCAGGGAGCAUCACAUUUAUACCAUUCCUCCUAUUGCAAAGUUAUUGUUAGAGUCACCAGUGAUACAGAUUGUAUCAUUGCCAGUUGUUCUCACGUUGCUCUGGGUUAUGCUGAAGAGCAGUUAUAUUGGGAACUUUUCAAAUUACAUGUAAAUGAAGAGGAGUAGGGGCA